AUGACACGACACACACUGCUGCUUCCGCUUCUCCUCCUGGCUGUGUUCAUCAACUGUUCUAUUGCAGGGCCGUUUGCGUAUUUCUUUUGUCUAGGAAGUUGCGCAGGAGUCUGUUCCGGGGCUGCAAUUAUCGUCACCGGUGGACUCGGAGCCAUCGGAGUUCCGGCUUGUCUCGAAGCCUGUGUCGGGGGAUGUGUUGCCGUUGGUGUCGCCCCGACUCCC